UCUGUUCCCGGACAGUUGUCACACACUAUUUACUACGGUUUGAAAUGUGGCACAACGCUCUGAACUGGAAUACUGCUCUGUGACAACUGGAGGAUUUUGCGCGCACGCCGUGUUGGUUUUCCAUACAAGGACAGAGAGAGCGGAGAAUAUUCCUUGGCCAUGACAUUGGAUAUGUUGACGAUUUUGUGUGUAAUCACUGCGGUGGCUGCAGUAGAAGAAACGGUGAUGGACACUCGGACAGCGACAGCAGAGCUGGGAUGGACAGCAUAUCCUGGAUCAGGGUGGGAGGAGGUCAGUGGCUACGACGAGAACCUCAACACCAUCCGCACCUACCAGGUGUGCAACGUCUUCGAGCCCAGCCAGAACAACUGGCUGCUGACCACCUUCAUCGACCGCCGGGGCGCCCAGCGCAUCUACGUGGAGAUGCGCUUCACCGUGCGCGACUGCAGCAGCAUCCCCAACGUGCCCGGCUCCUGUAAAGAGACCUUCAACCUCUACUACUACGAGACCGACUCGGUCAUCGCCACCAAAGGCUCGUCCUUCUGGAUGGAGGCGCCCUACCUGAAGGUGGACACCAUCGCGGCCGACGAGAGCUUCUCGCAGGUGGACUUUGGCGGCCGGCUGAUGAAGGUGAACACGGAGGUGCGCAGCUUUGGCCCGCUGUCGCAGAACGGCUUCUACCUGGCCUUCCAGGACUACGGCGCGUGCAUGUCGCUGCUGUCCGUGCGCGUCUUCUACAAGAAGUGUCCGAGCGUGGUGCAGAACUUUGCCGUGUUUCCCGAGACCAUGACGGGCGCGGAGAGCACCUCGCUGGUGAUCGCGCGCGGGGUCUGCAUCCCCAACUCGGAGGAGGUGGACGUGCCCAUCAAGCUCUACUGCAACGGCGACGGAGAGUGGAUGGUGCCCAUCGGACGCUGCACCUGCAAGGCGGGAUUCGAGCCAGACAACGGCAACGUCUGUCGAGCGUGCCCACCAGGGACCUUCAAGUCCAGCCAGGGUGAAGGCCUGUGCCUGCAGUGCCCCUCCAACAGCCGCUCCAGCUCCGAGGCUGCCACCAUCUGUGUGUGCCGGAAUGGAUAUUACCGUGGGGACACAGACCUGCCCGAUGUACCCUGCACCAGUGUUCCCUCAGCACCACGCAACGUCAUCUCCAUUGUGAACGAGACGUCUGUGAUCCUGGAGUGGCACCCUCCCCGCGAGACGGGCGGCCGCAGCGACGUGGUCUACAAUAUCGUGUGCAAGAAGUGUCGCGCCGACCGGCAGACGCACUGCUCGCACUGCGACGACAAUGUGGAGUUUGUGCCGCGACAAGUGGGGCUGACGGAAAAUCGGGCCUUCAUCAGUAACCUUGUGGCCCACACGCUAUACAGCUUCGAGAUACAGGCUGUAAACGGCGUCAGCAACAAGAGCCCUUACGACGCACAGCAUGUCGUUAUCGACAUUACCACCAAUCAAGCCGCUCCUUCCAUAGUACCCAUAAUGCACCAGGUGAGCUCGACUAUGAAGAGCUUCACGUUGUCAUGGCCACAGCCAGAUCAGCCCAACGGGAUCAUCCUGGACUAUGAGCUUCGAUUCUAUGAAAAGGAUUCCUCAGAGGUGAACUCCACCAUGUUGAAGAGCCAGACCAACACGGCGCGUGUGGAGGGCUUGAGGCCCGGCACUGUGUACGUGGUGCAGGUGCGAGCCCGGACCGUCGCCGGAUUCGGAAAAUACAGCAGCAAGAUGUGCUUCCAAACUCUGACAGACGAGGACUAUAAGUCUGAGCUGAGGGAGCAACUGCCGCUGAUAGCAGGCUCUGCAGCAGCCGGUGUGGUCUUCCUCGUGUCCCUGGUGGCCAUCUCCAUCGUCUGCAGCAGGAAACGAGCCUACACCAAGGACCCGGUGUACAGUGACAAGCUUCAGCAUUACAGCACUGGAAGAGAACUCUCUUUGAGACCAGAUCUGACUAACUGCCACUCCCCCAUCGGCUGCCCGACCCACUUCUCAGGCUCCCCGGGGAUGAAGAUCUACAUCGACCCCUUCACCUACGAGGACCCCAACGAGGCCGUGCGCGAGUUCGCCAAGGAGAUUGACGUCUCCACCGUCAAAAUCGAAGAGGUUAUUGGGGCAGGUGAAUUUGGCGAGGUGUACAAGGGCCGUCUGAAACUUCCCGGCAAGAGGGAGAUCUAUGUAGCCAUCAAGACGCUCAAGGCUGGCUACUCAGAGAAGCAGAGGCGGGACUUCCUGUCCGAGGCGAGCAUCAUGGGCCAGUUCGACCACCCCAACAUCAUCCGCCUGGAGGGCGUGGUCACCAAGAGCCGGCCGGUCAUGAUCGUCACCGAGUUCAUGGAGAACGGCGCGCUGGACUCCUUCCUCAGGCAAAACGAUGGCCAGUUCACGGUGAUCCAGCUGGUGGGCAUGCUGCGUGGCAUCGCGGCGGGCAUGAAGUACCUGUCGGAGAUGAACUACGUGCACCGUGACCUGGCCGCGCGCAACAUCCUGGUCAACAGCAACCUGGUCUGCAAGGUGUCCGACUUCGGCCUCUCCCGCUACCUGCAGGAUGACACCUCUGACCCCACCUACACCAGCUCCCUGGGUGGCAAAAUUCCAGUGAGGUGGACUUCCCCCGAGGCCAUCGCCUACAGGAAGUUCACCUCCGCCAGCGACGUGUGGAGCUAUGGCAUCGUCAUGUGGGAGGUGAUGUCGUUUGGAGAGAGGCCCUACUGGGACAUGAGCAACCAAGACGUUAUCAAUGCCAUCGAGCAGGACUACCGGCUGCCGCCGCCCAUGGACUGCCCGGCCGCGCUUCACCAGCUGAUGCUGGACUGCUGGCAGAAGGACCGCAACGCCCGGCCACGCUUCAACGACAACGUCAACACGCUGGACAAGCUCAUCCGCAACCCCACCAGCCUCAAGGCCCUGGCUGCCAUGCCGCCUGUGCCUUCGCAGCCUCUGCUGGACAGGUCGGUGCCGGACUUCAACACCUUCAGCUCAGUGGAGGAGUGGCUGGGCGCCAUCAAGAUGGCUCAGUACAGGGACAACUUCCUCAACUCCGGCUUCACCUCGCUACAGCUGGUGGCACAGAUGACCUCAGAGGACCUGCUGAGGAUAGGCGUGACCCUGGCCGGCCACCAGAAGAAGAUCCUCAACACCAUCCAGUCCAUGCAGCUGCAGGUGAGCCCGUCGCCCUCGGCAACGCUGGCAUGACUACAGCAGGCGCCCGGCGACAGCACCGGGACAGGGACAGGGCCCAGGGCCCAGGGGAUGGGCGUCGUCGUGGGGACAGGGAGCAUCCGCCGGACUCGUCCCCCCCGCGACACCUCGGACCUGUCACCGGAGCGCGCCAGGGUGGAGACCAUCAUCCUGAUCUGAGACAUCGCACACAUACAUCACCCAUGUGAGAGAGGCGGCGAGAGAAAGAAUUAGAGGGGUGGAGAUGGAGAUGGAGAGGGGAGGAGAAGAGAAGAGAGGUGAGAGGGAAAGACUAAAGAGACCAAAAUCCAUGGAGCGGAGAAAGAGGAGCCCUUUCAUCUCAAUGGGUGGAGAGGCCAGCUGGCCACAGGAGGAGAGGCUGUGCUCUCAGCCAGCCCACCACACUGGCCAGCCAGCCAGCCAGCCUCACAUCUGUACCCCAGCCCCCAACCACCCUAUAGCCCAGCCUGGCUAGGGUGAGAGACAAGCCCCAAACCAAGGAGAAUCACACAACACAGGAUUACCAAAACUCGACAAGGAGGUGUAACAGGCUUAUCGGCGAGAGGAAAUUAUUCUAUUUUGAGGUUCCUUUUGUUUUUUUCCCCUUUUUAGUUUUUUCUUUUGUCACAGGUGCUCAUUUUGCUUUCCUCGUAUACAGCACCAUCAAAGGAAUUCAAUAGAAAUGAAGAAGGGGUCAUAUUUUUUGUCCAUUUGUACAAAAGAGAAAAAAAGGACGCAGACACUUCUUCAAUCUUUCACUAUCACCGUUACACUACCUGUCUGUCCUUAGGACUGUGGGCUUUGGCAAUGGACUAUUCAAACGCCCAUGUCCGUAUUUUAGUCUUUGUUGAGGGGGUUGGGUGGGAUAUAUAUAAUUAUGUGUGUAUAUCUCUGAAUAAAUAUGAAAUAUAUCUCCAGAAAUAAAUCUUCAUAUUGAAGGUGACAUGUAAUGAAAUUAUAUAUAUAUAUAAAUAUAUGUACAUAACUUCUGGUCUUGGCUUGCAUUUUUGGCUAAGACGUGUAAACUGACUGGAGAAAAAUUGACAUUUCCGUGGCCUAUGCCUCUUCCUGUAUGGGACAAGGCUGAGGCCAAUCAGUGACCUGCACCUGUCAGUGUGUGAGAGAGAAACUCAUGGACAAUACAUGGGACAGACUGUGAUACGGUGAUAACCUUGUAUAAAGCUAACCUAGAUGUCUAUAGAAAUGUGUAGAGGAGAGAAGAAAGAACACUAUGUUUAAUAAUAACAACCCAUGCCUAGAUAGUGACUGUGUUUGGCCUUUGAUCCGUCACUGAUCCGGCCUGCUUCAGAGUCGAUGUAUAUCUAUCUGUCUAGGUGCUUAUUGUGGGUUUUUUCCAUGCUGUGCUUCGCUGGCUAGCACUCGCUUGUACAGAAAUUUGUUUUGGGUUUUUUCUUUUUUUCUUUUUAGUGUUUUCUCUUGUUUCAUGUCAAAGUGCUUGGAGAUGUUGAGAACUGGGACUGUCUGGACAAUGCUGCCCAAACACUCUGGUACAUUACGUACGUACGUAACUAAACGUCAAUAUUGCGCUGGUAUGUACGAAACCAUGCGUCGAUGUUGCUCUGGUACUGUACGUAUGUAACUACACAUCGAUGUUGCUGUGGUACGUACAUCUACAAAGUCGAUGUUGUUGCACUGUUAAUAUACUGUAAUAAUGUUCGUCCUACAGGGUCCUCAACACAAAAUGUCUGAAAAAAGUGUUUACAAAAAAGUAUUUUUCGUGUCAGAUGUUGGUCAAGAAAGAGAGAAGAUGGGUGGGAUAAAACAAAACAAAACAAAACAAAACAAAAUAGCAAAUUGCUCAGUAUCACUCAGCAUCAGGACAUGCACACCUUGCAUUUUAAUGCAGAAAAAUUACCUGUCAUGGCGGGUUACCCUCGGUGCAGGUGACAUUAAGCUGAAUGUGCUUUGGCUAAUGCAUAGAUGCACAGAUGAGCGUGGACGCGAGCAGGAGCUUUUAGCGGCUAGCCCAUGUGCCCGUCUGUGUGCAGGAGAGGAGAGGAGAGGAACAUCUGGACAUGGCACUGCCAGCAGAUGCGCAGUGCCAUCCCGAUGAGCGCAAUCACUUAAACAGUUACUAGGAGCGCCUCUCUCUCUCUCUCUCUGUCUCCACACACACACACACACAUACAGAAACACCCUCAGCUCUCGCUCUC